AUGCCCAAGUUCGUGCCUCGACAGCGAAAACACAAAGUCCUUGCUCGCCGCAAGAAUGCUGUCGACACGAGCAAUGGCGCCGACGACGCCAACGCCGCUGAGAUUCUGCCCGUCGAGCAACGGGAACGCAAUGCGAAAAAGGCUGCGCUGAAGGAAGAGCUCACGCGCGAAGCCCAAGGUAAAAUGUCUGCCAAGAAGAAAAAGCGCCUCGACAAAUACAUUGAUACAAAACUCAAAAAAGAGGAGAAUCUGGAGCUGCUGAAAAAGCUUGCUUCCCAGAAAGUCGACACCAGCCUGUUCCAGAGCUUCAAGAAGCUCGGUCGGGGAGCGGAUACCAAGAAAGAGGCGUUGAGACGUGCGCUGGCUGAAAGCAGGGCUGGUAUAGAUGUGGACAAGAACGAGGGAUUGCUACUAGAGGAGCAUGAAGUCAAAGAGAUUGAGCAUGAUGCCUCAGACGACGAAGCGCCAGCCCCGAAGCCUAUUUCCCAAUCCGUACCCAAGCCUGCUGUACGGCAAGCUCCUCCAGAACCAGCCCACAGCAUUUCGCAACAACGCGCACAAUCACCGUCACCGUCUGAGCCAGACGCCGAUGCUCGUCAACCUACACCCGAGGUUUUUGCGGUACCACGACAGACAAAUGGGCUAUUUGGAAGUGGACUAAAGAGGCCUCUGGAAUUGGACGACUCAGGCAAGCCCGUAAUACAGGUCCGAAAGCGUCGGAAAGGCCAGAACGCGAAGCCUGCCCAGAUCGAAGAAGAAGUAGAAUGGGAGGGAUUCAGUUCAGACGAGGACAGCCACAGCGAGAACGAGGACGAGGAUUCCGAGACUUCCAGCGCUGAGUCCGAGCGUUCUGGUUCUGGUUCUGAAGACGCGUCAGGGUCAGAGUCAAGUGAAUCAGAAGAGGACUCGGAAGAUGAGAGCGAUACCAGUCCGGACGAAGACAACAAGCUUGCAAAGAAGGAAAGGGCGUCAGCUUUCAAGGCUUGGGCGACACAGCAGAGGAAUGAGCAAGUAGGCUUUACUCCAACUAAUCAACUCUCUUUCGCACCGGCGCCGGCAAACUUCAAACCUCGAGCACCCGAACAGGAUCCUCUGCCCCCAGAACUCGAAACCAAGACUACAACCGAUGCUACCCGUAAGGCUUUCAACGUAAACGUCGAUCGAUCAGUCGAAGUACAGCAAUCCAGAAUGCAGUUACCAGUUGUAGCGGAAGAACAAAAGAUUAUGGAGGCAGUACACAACAACGACGUGGUGGUAGUUUGGGGUUCCACAGGUAGCGGUAAAACUACCCAAGUGCCGCAAUUCCUAUUCGAGUCAGGAUAUGGAGCACCAGAUGGACCAACACCUGGCAUGAUCGGAGUCACCCAGCCACGCCGUGUAGCCGCGGUCAGCAUGGCCAAACGCGUUGGAGAUGAACUGGGUGACCAAGGAUCUAAAGUAGCCUAUCAGAUUCGCUUCGACACAUCGACAAGCGCCAAAACCGCCAUCAAGUUCAUGACUGAUGGUGUAUUGCUCCGAGAGAUUACGCAGGAUUUCGUCUUGACAAAAUACUCGGCAAUCGUCAUUGAUGAGGCUCACGAGCGUAGCGUCAACACGGACAUUUUGAUUGGCAUGCUCAGCAGAAUUGUUGACCUUCGAGCUCAGAUGGUCAAGGAAGAUCCAAAGAACACGCCUCUCAAGCUAAUCAUCAUGUCGGCCACUUUGCGAAUUUCGGAUUUCACGGAAAACAAGCGCUUAUUCCGCAGUGAGCCUCCACCGCUUAUCAAGGCAGAAGGCCGCCAGUACUCUGUGGUCAACCACUUCGCCCGUCGCACCCAACGUGACUAUGUCGAAGAAAUGUAUCGGAAGGUAUGUAGGGGCCAUCGAAAGCUGCCCAAGGGCGGUAUGCUGGUCUUCCUCACCGGACAGAACGAGAUCUCGCAGCUCGCAAAGAAGCUGAAGCAAGCUUUCCCUUCCACCCAAGGCAAAGAAGUGAAGGCUGGAAAAGUCGUCGUCUCCCCAGCAGAAACACCACUAGAGGUUGAAGAUAUUGAGUUGGGUGCACCGACCAAGUCAAUCGAGUAUGAGGACGAGGAUGGCUCAGACUCCGAAGGUUCCAUGAUCAUGGGUCUUGACGAUGAAGACGACAAGGAGUUUGAAAUUGACGAAGAGAAGCCCGAAGAGACCGUCAUGAACAUCCAUGUUUUGCCUCUCUACUCACAGCUGCCCACUAACCAACAGUUGCGUAUCUUCGAACCGCCUCCCGAUGGCUCUCGCUUGAUUGUCCUUUCUACAAACGUGGCAGAAACCAGUUUAACGAUACCUGGUAUCCGCUAUGUCUUUGAUUGUGGAAGGGCAAAGGAAAAAAAGUACGACCCCGUCACAGGCGUGCAGAGCUUCGAAGUGGGUUGGAUCAGUAAAGCUAGUGCGAACCAGCGUUCCGGUCGUGCGGGCCGUACUGGGCCUGGUCAUUGCUACCGCCUGUACUCGUCUGCAUUAUUUGAGCGCGACUUUGAGGAGUAUGCUGCACCGGAAAUCUCAGGAACGCCACUAGAGGGCGUGGUACUACAGUUGAAGAGCAUGGGUGCUCCCGUCAUCAACUUUCCUUUUCCGACACCUCCCGAUCGCGAAAGCUUACAAAAGGCCGAGAAUUUGCUUUCGUAUUUGGGCGCGUUGUCAGUAGAUGGCAAAGUCACCAAGCUUGGUCAUGAGCUAUCUCUGUAUCCCCUCAACCCACGCUUCGCUCGGAUGGUCGCAAUGGGCGUUGCCCAGAACCUUGUGGCCGAAACCAUUGCAUUGGUCGCUGCCUUGUCCGUACCAGAGCUCAUCAUACCCGAAAAUAAACUUGGACUGCGGGAGCCUACGAAAGAUCCUGAUGCCAUUCGCACGGAGCAAGACAACAUCGAAGCCGAGGAGCGCUCACGGCUACGGAAGGCUUACAACGCUGCACAAGCAAAGAUGAGCAUCAAUGCGAAGCAGAGCGAUUGUAUCAAGCUUAGCAACACAAUAUGUGCUUACGCGUACGAGCCCGACUCGCAGGGAUUCUGCGAAGACAUGUUUCUUAAUGCAAAGGCCAUGAACGAAGCUAGCCGGCUUCGACACCAACUUACGAACAUUGUCCGCGCACAUCGACCGACCGCAAUUGGGGGAUAUCAAGCGAAGCUGCCAGCGCCUUCGGAGCGAAACAUCAACAUUCUCACACAGAUCUGCGCAGCUGGUUUCAUCGACCAAAUCGCCAUGCGCGCUGAUCUCGCUCCUGUACCACCCGAGCUCCCCCGGAAGCCGAAAACCGCCAUCGAUGUCCCCUAUAUCACGCUUUUCUCAUCGCAGACGGAACGCUCAGACGACCCGUACUCGAAAUACGUCUUUUUACACCCCUCGUCCUUGAUGGCACGCACGCCGCCGGCCAAAAUGCCCGGGUACAUUAUCUAUUCACACCUGCAGCGCGCUGCCAAAUCCACCAUCCAGGGUAGCAAAACGCCCAAGACAAGAAUGCACGCUUUGACUCCCGUCACAAGGCCUCAGAUUAUCAAUAUUGCGUUGAACACGCCGCUUUUACAAGCAAGCAAGCCAAAGGGCAAGAUUGUGGACAUAGCCAAAGAUAAGCGCGAGUGUGAAGUGGAAAUGAGUCUGGUGGGUGAGAAGGGAACGCAGGGCUGGGGCCUUGGUAUCAGGAAGGUGAUACAGCGAAAGGAGAGCGACGGACGUUACGUUAUUGAGCGCAUUGUUGGAUAA